UUUCUUGGCGAUGGCCUCUUUGGAAUAUUUUACCCUCAAGUCAUCGGAUGACGCGGUCGACGGGCUGGAGCGGUUUCCUUUGACGUCUUGAUUAUACCCUGUUAACCACAAGAUGGAACCCUCGGCGUAACAACCCUACAGCCCCGCAACCCUUCGACUCACUGAAUACCUCUUUCGCAAAAUAAUCUCAACCCACGUUCCGCCGUUUACACGCAGCUGGAGAUUAUUGGAAAAUUUUCAAUUUCAAAUUAGCGCUUCACAGCUGUCAAAUGGUUUUCAAAUUUUCUUAAAGAUCUUUCAUAAUAUUUUGUCUCUCAGUACUUACGUUGGUAAUAAAAAUGAUAUUGUGUCUUGCGCUAGGAAGUAUUGAAGAAUUCAAAUCUCUUACUUUUACUUUUUAUUCUUCAAAGAACAAGCCACCUUGCUGUCUACUCGGAAUAUUUUUCUUUUAAUUAUAAUAUCACGAGUCCAUCACUUACGUAACGCUGUAAUUAACGACUCUUGAAAUUUUCUAAUGUUCCUAGCUACGUCACUGUCCCGAUGCUCGAUUCUUCUUGUGUUGUUUAUGCAGCGUCCAGCCGUCAUUCGUUCAUUUGUUUCAUCGAGUCAGUGCAUCGCUAAGCGAUCUUUCGUUGAUAAUAAUCCAAGCACGUUUUUCCCACCGUGAAAAUCGCUUUUAACAUUUCUCCAGAGAUUGGAUCUGCUUUUGCCAUUAUAGAGACCCGCCUGGAGACUCAUUUGAUCCCAACCGCCUGUAACACGACAGAUUUUCAUGUUCUUCGCUAUCUCUGUAAGUUUCCUUUUUUUUUUUUAGUCUUACCUCUUACGUUCUUCCUCGUAUCCGAAGGAUAUUCCAACACGUAUAGGCGAUAAACUUUGGGAAUUUUAAUGGGACUUUUGGAAUUUUUUGUAAUUUUAUCUUGACCUGUUGUCACGCGCUGUUAUUAAUGGCUGCACGUGACAAUAAGGAAUGUUGGUGGUAUUUGAAUGUUUUUUUUUUAAUUAGGAAACUGAUUUUUUCAUUAAUUACAACAAGUAAUAAUGUCGACUUCCAAUCCUAUGGAGAAUGAGAAAAAACGACUGAGAAAUCAAUUCAGUAAGGAAGAACGUUCUCAGCUCCUUAUGAUAAUGAAGGAGUACAGUUUACUAUUGGAUGACAAGAACUUGUCGAUUUUGAGCCGAAAGGAGAUUUGGGAAGCGAUUGAGACGAGAUUCAACAAGGGCGGACAUUUUGCCAGGACUUCGGCACAAUUGAAAAAAUAUUGGCAAAAUUACAAGUAUCACAAUAAGAGAACCAGAAUUAUACAGAGGGAUAAUCCAAAAAGUCUGAGUCCCAUAACAAAAAGGGUUAUACAAAUUAUGGCCGAAGUCGAUCCUGAAGAAUGGGGUCAAUACGGGAUAGUCGCUGGUUUAACUCCAUCCAAGAGUUUGAAUGCCUCGGUGGAAAGCCAGACUGUUCGGUUAAAAUCCAAAAUUACGAAAACCAAUAACCAGGAUAUCUCUUCCAACGUAAUAUUAUCAAGUAGCGAAAUUUUCGAAAAUAGUGUCACGGUCUCUCUAAUAUGUCCUGAGAAUUCAGGAAAUUUGAAAAAUACCAGUGGCACCGUCAUUCCUGGUCAACCCAUAAUUUCGACUCCAAAAAAUAACGAAAAUUCCGAAAAUUUAACAAAAUUUGAAAAAACCCAAAAAUCAUCGUCGAGGAGCCCUGGCAGGGAAAAAAUGAAGAAAAUCGAAAACUUGGAAAUAAAAUGCAACUCAUCGUGCCAAGUAGCAACGGUCGAAUGCGCAAAUGACUUUUCGAAAGAUUUCGAAAAAAAGAAAAAAGCGCAGGAGCUUAGGGAGUUCCUUGAAAAGUUCUCAUCGUUGGAAGCUUCGGCUCGUAGACGAGUUCUUCAGGAAGUCAAUGAAAUAGUGGAGUCUAUGGAGGUGCCAGAAGCGGAUUCAGAGACCGGAAGUAAGGAUCGGAAUUGGGAAAAAAUAAAAAACUUCAAUCCCAUUAAGGAAGCUGCUAGGAAUUCCCCGAGGGAAGAUAUAAUGGCAAUGCAGUUAAUUUUGAAGGACCUAAGGUCCAUGGAAAGCCAAAAAAAGGAUGGAAAUACCGAAGAAAUUGACAGAUGCAUUUUCAAGUGUCACAAGGAGAAUUCCAAUGAAGUAUCGAUUAAUUCUCUUACUGAUGCUGAAGUCAAGGAAACUGGUGGGUGCAAAGAUAUUAAAGCUGAAUCUGUCGAGUGGCAACGUAAAUUUAAUGCGGAAAUCGAUAACACAAACCAAUCGGUAUCAAGCGAAGCUUUUGGCCAGGAUAACGACGGAAAGGAUAUUGCGGAAGCAGGAAGGCAAAAUCUAGUUUCUCGAAAUUCGAUAAAACUUCUUGGAGAUACGAAACAGCACGACGCUAAAUACGAACUGGACCAUCGUUUGGAACUUCAGAAACUCGAGACCGAGGAGAGUCGUUUGAAGUUAAAGGUAUCGGAAUUGGCCAUUCGUGAAAUCCGUUUGCGAAUUCAAUCCCUCGAGGAGGAGAGAAAACGAGAGAGAGAAUUGCACGCGUUGCGAUUGGCUGAAGUAUCCAGGAGAACUUACCUGGAAUGUCAUCAAUUUACUGGAACCCAUUGAAGAAAUUGUUUGUUGGCAUGCAUCGUGUUGU